CACGCUCUCGAGAAGCAGGAAACACAAACCGCGCCGAGUCGAAAUGUUUUGAUGGAGUGGAAAAGACAAACAUUUCCUGCGAAUGUAUUAUGUUCACUUGAAGAACGUACAACUACCAGCAGGCAGCUGCAUCUUCUCCGCGCACGGGAUGGCUCAGUGAUUCCCCUACAGGACUUUUUAGCGCCGCCAUGGCGCCGCCAAGCAGCUUAUCCAUCAACGCGGCUCCGUCGGACGAGAGCGAAGACAACGAGCCGCUCCUCGGCGAUGACACAGUUCCACCUCAGUGCUGCUCAGCGCGCCUCAAUCUGGCCGUCCUGAUGUUCCUGGGCUUCUCCGUGGUCUACGGCUUGCGCGUCAACCUCAGCGUGGCCAUGGUCGCCAUGGUGAACACCACCGAUUCGGGGCCGGGCCGCAACAGCUCCGUCGCCCACGCUUGUCCUCUUCCUCCCGGGUCUGAGAACAGCAGCGGGACGUUUGAGCAGCCUGACGGGACCCCCCAGUACCCGUGGGACGCGAAGACUCAAGGCUGGCUGCUUGGGGCUUUCUUCUUUGGCUACCUGUGCACACAGAUCCCAGGGGGUUACCUGUCCGGCCAUUAUGGAGGGAGCAUCUUCCUAGGUUUGGGCGUGCUGAGCACAGCCGCUCUCACCCUCCUCACCCCCCUGGCCGCCCAGUGGGGGCCCUACUGGCUGUUUGCAUUGCGAGCCCUGGAGGGACUCGGGGAGGGUGUGACGUUCCCUGCCAUGAUGGCGAUGUGGGCCCGCUGGGCUCCGCCUCUGGAGCGCUCUCGCCUGAUCACGAUCUCGGGCUCCGGGUCCAACUUUGGAGCCUUCUUGGCUAUGCCUCUGACCGGCUACCUCUGCCAAGCACUGGGCUGGCCCUCUGUCUUCUACCUCUGCGGGGGCGCCGGGUGCCUCUGGGCGGUCCUUUGGUUCAUGUUCGUGUCGGACGACCCCCGCACUCAUCGGCGAAUCAGCAAAGAGGAGAGAGAUUACAUCGUCGACUCCAUCGGGCGUCAGGGCGGGGGCCACGGCUGGUCUGUGCCCCUCCUGCGCAUGAUGAUGUCAGUGCCGCUGUGGGCCAUCAUCGUGACGCAGAUGUGUUCCAACUGGUCCUUCUACACGCAGCUCACAUCCCUGCCCACCUACAUGAACAACAUCCUGCACUUUGACCUCAAGUCGAACGGCUUCCUCUCCGCCCUGCCCUACCUGGCCGCCUGGCUGUGCUCCGUGCUGUCCGGCUUCCUGGCCGACAGCCUCAUCGAGAAGAAGGUGUUCAGCAUCACGACCAUACGCAAGCUCUUCACGCUCACAGGCAAGGAGAACCUCACUGCUGACUUCCUGCUCGCCAUUGGCUCCAACGCACAUCACGGUCCCUCCCCCGCAGGUAUGCUGCCACCUGCCGGCUUCCUGCUCGCCGUGGCCUACGCCGGCUGCAGCCACGUCCUCACCAUCACCUUCCUCACGCUGUCGUCGGCCGUCGCGGGCACCAGCUCGCCCGGGGUCUUCAUCAACCAGAUAGACAUCGCCCCCAGGUACGCCGGCUUCCUCCUGGGAAUCACCAACAUGUUCGGCACCAUCCCCGGAGUCAUCGCCCCGAUUGUUACGGGAUAUUUCACCGAGGACCACACCUUGGCCGGCUGGAGGAAAGUGUUCUGGGUCUCCGCCGCCAUCAACGUGGGCGGCGCUUUCUUCUACACGCUGUUUGGCAGCGGCGACAUCCAACCGUGGGCCGUGGCGGAGGACGACGACGACGACGAGGGCGCCAAAAGGGAGCGGAAGCGCUCCGACUCCACUUGAACCCAAAAUGUUCCAAAGAGCUUCGCCGCACCCUGCAUUAGGACCUUUGGAGGAAACUACCUACUUCUACUACUACUACUACUACCUAGCAACUAUGCAGUAAACUUUCCGCACAACACAGCAAGUAUUUAAAAAUCUAAAGGUUGUUGUUACUCCGUUAUGUGUUUUUUUAUACAUUCUAUUAAUUGUUUUUUUUUAUAGCUUUUUCAAUUGGUGUUUGUUGUUUUCAUACAGAACCUGAAUGCCGCUUUAGCUACACUUGUGUGGCACCGCUUUUGUAUAUUUUGGAUUUCCGAAGAAGCACUUUUUACAUUCAAUACACCAAAAGCCUUACGUUUAAUAAAACAAUAGCUCAGGGGUGUCCGCACACUGAAAAAUCUUAACAUACGGGUGCCAUUUUGAUCUUUGUAAUUGUCAAAACCAUUCCAAUAUAUAUGGAUUUUUUUUUUUUACCUAUAGGGCUCCCCUCACGUUUGGUCUCUGGAACGCAGAAGGGUCUCAGUUAUAAAAAAAAUUAAAAUUAAAGGCCUACUGAAACCCACUACUACCGACCACGCAGUCUGAUAGUUUAUAUAUCAAUGAUGAAAUCUUAACAUUGCAACACAUGCCAAUACGGCCGGGUUAGCUUACUAAAGUGCAAUUUUAAAUUUUGCGCGUAAUAUCCUGCUGAAACGUCUCAGUAUGAUGACGACAGCGCGUGACGUCACGGAUUGUGGAGGACAUUUUGGGACAGCACGGUGGCCAGCUAUUAAGUCGUCUGUUUUCAUCGCAAAAUUCCACAGUAUUCUGGACAUCUGUGUUGGUGAAUCUUUUGCAAUUUGUUCAAUGAACAAUGGAGACAGCAAAGAAGAAAGCUGUAGGUGGGAAGCGGUGUAUUGCGGGCGGCUGCAGCAACACAAACACAUUCGGUGUUUCAUUGUUUACAUUCCCGGAAGAUGACAGUCAAGCUUUACCAUUGGCCUGUGGAGAACUGGGACAACAGAGACUCUUAAC